AUGGAACCAUUGGCAAUGGGCGUCCCCGAGGUCAAGGGCGAGGAACAUGGUCAGAUGGCGUAUCAUGACAUGGCGCCCCAGACAGCAUCGAAUGAGCUUCAGAGCCACCAGCCGGCCCAAUUCGCGCUUCCUUACUCCCACUUUGCCAUCAUGUUUAUCGAUCAACACGGAGAACUCCAGGCCGAAACAUCGCCAUGCAUUGCCGGCUGUGAGAAAGUAAUCUUCACGGACGAGGUGCGGCAACGGUUUCUGAAGCUGGUCAACAAAGAGUGGCAACCUGGUCUGCAAGAUGUUCCAGGCAUGGCGCUGUCCGCCGCUUCGUGGUACCGGUACCACGCGACCCAACACCCACCCGAUAGCCUGAUCCCCUAUGAGUGGCAGCCCCCCCGGUACAAGCGACACAGGCACCUGCGACGUGUCAAUCCGGAUGAUGCAAACGGAUGGCUUCUUCCUUCUCCUGCCCCAUCCCUGAGGUGCACAACACUUCGCGUCGGGCAGACUCAGGUGCUGCGCAAGUACUAUGACAAAGCAUUCGAGGAUUUAAAACAGCUCAGCUGCCGCGUGGUAGCAAAGGCGUGGGUGAAGUUGGUGGAACCUCGGAAACAAGUCAACUUUCCGUACAACGGAAAGGCCCCGAGCUCCUCCAGACUGCCCAAGCCUCCAGGUCAGGACGAGGAAAAGCCUGACCCCGAGAAGACAAAGCCAACAUGGUGGCCCACAGGAGUGAGACACAAAGAGCCGGAUCAUCUCCCAAAACCUGAACGAAUCCGGCUCCUGAAGCAUAUUCUCUGCAACCUGAAAGACAGCCACGAUGUCACUGCAGCAAAACUGAUUUAUGCAAGCUUAGAUGUAAGGUCGUCGAUCGAGUCGGAGAAACAGAAAUCAGUUUUGGACGAGGUUUUGUAUGUCCGCAGUAUGGAAGAACGCUAUUUGGAUGGAGAGAUUAAUGGCGACACCGUGGUCCACGUUUAUUAUGGUCAUAUGGAAGAGGAGCCCGAGACCCAAGGGGCUGAUUCUGACCGUCUUGAAGCAAUGAUGGCUGCACAAACAAACCAGCAGCCGACCUGCAGAUCGUACCGCAGCAUGCCGAUCAUCACGCAAGAGCUUCCUCAUCGGCCUUUACGGAACGGCAAGCGGCCUGCAGACUCUGAGUGCUAUCGGCCUAUAUCACCCGUAUCCGCAGGCAGCCGGGACAGUUCUAUGGAGAGAAGUCUCGCAACCUAUCCACCUGACGUAAAGCCAUCUAUGCUGCAACGGACUGAGCCAGCUAGAGGUGCCGCAACACCACAGAGCCUUCCUCCUGCGGGGCCUACCUCUUUACCCGACCUCUACGCCCAUCAAUUUGCAGCCCAGCCCCAGACUACCCAUCCUGGAUUCUGGGACACGCUCGCUGCGCCUAGUGCGCACCCUCAAUUCUCUUUCAACGGAUAUUGA